CAGUUUUGAAAGGGAAAUUCUCGAAUAUCUGAUCGAAGGAUGAUCGUUUGUACAUUGUAUAAACCAGUUUGGCUCCAUCUGCUCCCUAGUCACUGCAACGGCUACAGUUGAUUUACUCAAUGGCAGAAGAUAGAAUAGUUGUGGUCUCAGCCUUGCAGUUUGCCUGCACAGAUGAUGUUAAAACAAACGUAGAUAAAGCAGAACGGUUGGUAAGAGAGGCACAUGCAAAAGGUGCCAAUAUCAUUCUCAUUCAAGAGUUAUUUGAGGGUUACUACUUUUGCCAGGCCCAAAGAGGGGAUUAUUUUGCAAGAGCUAAACCUCGAAAAGACCAUCCUACAAUUUUGAGAAUGCAGAAUCUUGCAAAGGAGUUGGGUGUUGUGAUACCAGUGAGCUUCUUUGAGGAGGCAAACAAUGCACAUUACAAUGCAGUUGUGGUAAUUGAUGCGGAUGGAACAGAUCUUGGACUGUAUCGGAAAUCACAUAUUCCUGAUUCGCCAGGUUAUCAAGAAAAGUUUUAUUUUAACCCAGGUGACACAGGCUUCAAGGUAUUUGAAACCAAGUUUGCCAAAAUUGGUGUGGCUAUUUGCUGGGAUCAAUGGUUUCCAGAGGCAGCAAGGGCAAUGGUACUGAAGGGGGCAGAAAUUUUGUUCUAUCCAACUGCAAUAGGUUCUGAACCACAGGAUUGCGAUCUUGAUUCACGCGAUCAUUGGAAGCGAGUGAUGCAAGGGCAUGCGGGUGCUAACCUUGUACCUGUGGUUGCUUCAAAUCGAAUUGGGAAGGAGGUUAUUGAAACUGAUCAUGGACCAAGUGAUAUAACAUUUUAUGGCAACUCCUUCAUAGCAGGUCCUACUGGGGAAAUUCUAUCGGCUGCUAAUGAAAAAGAUGAAGCAGUCUUGAUUUGUAAAUUUGACCUGAAUAAGAUCAAGGUUACAAGACACAGCUGGGGAAUAUUUAGGGAUAGGCGACCUGAUCUAUAUAAGGUUCUUUUAACAUUGGAUGGAAAUAGCAUGUAAGUAUGUAACAGAGAUAUCAGCUCAAUGUGGUUGAUCCUCGGUGAAUAAGAAUGUUAUAGUAAGGAAACAUUACAACAUCAUUUUCAACAUAGCUGUGGAGUAUUUAAGGAUGUGCAACUGAUGGAAAUAGCAUGUACCAUAGAUAACAACUCUUUGUGGUUGAUCUUUGGUGAUUAAGAUAGUAACAUAGAAUGUUAUAAUAAGGAAACUUUACAAGAUCAUUUUCAUGUGUCCAUAAUAUAAUUUACUGUAAUUUUUGUGGUUUAAGACCCUCUAUAUAUAGAACUAUUCUUCAUUA